GGGAAUUACGGAUGGGCAGCUGCGUGAACUUGGAUUCUCCUCCAAAAGCUUCUGGAAACCUCUUCCCUUUGCUGUGUUUUUGAAUCUAUCAACAUUUGAUGAACUUUACCCUUCAACCGGCAGGCAGCGGCCCAACGGGCGGAGGAGGCCCCAACAUGGAGAACCUCCAGAAGCAGCUGCUGUGUCCCGUCUGUUUGGAGAUGUUCUCCAAGCCUGUUGUCAUCCUGCCUUGCCAGCACAACCUCUGCAGGAAGUGCGCCAACGAUGUCUUCCAGUCGUCCAACCCGUCAUGGCAGUCCCGCGGCUCGUCCAACGUGGGGAGUCGCUUCCGCUGCCCGUCUUGUCGACACGAGGUGGUUUUGGACCGUCACGGCGUUUACGGUCUACAGAGGAACCUCCUUGUGGAGAACAUUAUCGACGCGUACAGGAGACAGUUGGACUCCAGGCCGUCCAGUGUGAAGCCGGAAUCGCUGACGUGUGACGAGCACGAGGAUGAGAAGAUCAACAUCUACUGUUUAUCCUGUCAGACGCCGACGUGCUCCAUGUGCAAAGUGUUUGGAUGUCAUAAAGAAUGUGACGUGGCGCCACUUAGUAGUGUCUUCAACAGACUUAAGACGGAAUUGAGCGACAGCAUCGCCGGAUUGGUCGCCAGCAACGACAACAUCCAGGCGGCCAUUACACACAUGGAAGGCUUGUGCAACGCUGUCCAGGAGAACGCCCACCAACACCGAGAGGAAAUCGCCAUUCAGUUUGGAGCUCUGACGGCCAUUUUGGACGAGCGUAAACAAGAGCUAGUCCGCCUGAUUACGAGAGAGCAAGAUGACGAACUUCAGCGGCUACGGCGGAUAAUCGGCGAGCACAACCAGAAACUGGAGGACGGGAGACAGCUGGUCGAGACGGCGGUUCACGCCGCCGACCACACGCACGCCGCCGUCUUCAUCCAGAAUGUCACUGUCAUACUGGACAAGAUGUCAGCGUGCACACGUGACGUGAAUAUUUUGCGGCCGCAACUGUCCUUCGACAACAUGAGUCAUUUUGUCGUGGACGUGGACGACAUCGCCGACAUGUUGAACGACAUCCACUUCCGACGCAGUGAAGAUGACCUUGAAGAUGACUCGGAGGUCGACUGAUGGUCCACAAACACGUUGUGAGCAGAGUAGACAAUUAGAUGCAAGGUUUUGCAUAGCGCUUUUAAUGCAUUCAAGUGUCUAUAAAUGCCCGUGGUGUGUUCAGGAACAUUCAGUGCAUAUUAAAGACCUUUUAUUUUCUUUUGAAGGCCCCCCCCACUUGCCAAGAGUUAACACGGAUGAAACCCAAGUUGUUCUCCGUGAAUUCCCUUCACUCUGCUUGAAGAUUGUAUAUUUAUUUUGUAUAUGGAAUAAAUGUCAAUAAAAAAAAGUAAAUCUUCA